AUGGCACAUGCCGGUACCAAAGGGGGCGCCAGGAGAGCCCCCUCCACACUCCCCAGGAGACCCGAGGAGGCUGCUGGGCUGGCACCUCCACUCGGCUUCCGGCGGCCGGGGCCGGACCGGACCGCGCAGGCCGCCGCCCCACCCGCGCGGACCCGGCGGCGUCUUCCGGGCCGAGGCGGGGCCGGGCCGGCCGGGAGGCGGGGGAAGCGGGAAGGUGACCCGGGCGCGAGGCGGAGCCGACGCAGAGCGGUCGAGGGCACCGGCAUGGGCGGCAUGGGGGCGCUCCUGCGGCCGGCGGCCUGGAAGCUGAACCAGAGGCGGGACAUCUCCUCCUGGCUGGCCAGAUGGUUCCCCAAAACCCCAGCCAAGUCUGUGGUGGCCCAGAAAACGCCCAUCAAGGUGGAGCUGGUGGCUGGGAAAACCUACAGGUGGUGUGUGUGUGGCCGCAGCAAGAAGCAGCCCUUCUGUGACGGCUCCCACUUCUUCCAACACACUGGCUUGUCCCCACUCAAGUUCAAGGUCCAGGAGACCCGCACAGUGGCUCUCUGUACCUGCAAGGCCACCCAGAAACCCCCGUACUGCGAUGGCACCCACAGGAGUGAGCGGGUGCAGAAGGCAGAAGUGGGCUCCCCGCUCUGAGGAGGUGGCUCCUGCCUAGCCCCACGCCAUUGCGGGGAAGGAAACUGAGUGCUGAGCCCAGGACGGGAUCAUCCAGGGACCACACGACCCACAGCUGGCUUGUGAAAAGACAUGGUCCCCAUAACCUGAGGUCUCUAAUCUGGGGCAGCCGGGGACAGGCCCCUGGUUCAAUGCCUGCUGGUGAAGGAGAUGGCAUUAAACAAGCAUGCUCGCCCA